GGCCGGUGGGAGGGGAGCGUCCCGGAGCCGGAGGCCGCAGACUUGGGCGCGCUCCGAGGGAGGAGGCGGCUGGGCCGCGCGGAUUCCUGCUUCGCUCUUUCCCACCCCCGCUCCUCAGCACACACGCUUUUUGUUCGGGUCCAAAGUGGUCGAGUCAGCAGAAGAUGGCAAAGCCCAGCCACAGCAGCUAUGUCCUGCAGCAGCUCAACAACCAAAGAGAGUGGGGCUUUCUCUGUGACUGCUGUAUCGCUAUCGACGACAUCUACUUCCAAGCACACAAAGCCGUCCUGGCUGCCUGUAGCUCCUACUUUAGGAUGUUUUUCAUGAACCAUCAGCACAGUACUGCACAACUGAACCUCAGCAACAUGAAGAUAAGUGCUGAGUGCUUUGAUCUCAUUUUGCAGUUCAUGUAUUUAGGAAAGAUCAUGACCGCUCCUUCCAGUUUCGAGCAGUUCAAAGUGGCAAUGAACUACCUCCAGCUGUACAAUGUUCCUGACUGCUUGGAAGACAUACAGGACGCAGACUGUUCUAGUUCAAAGUGUUCGUCUUCUGCCUCCAGCAGGCAGAGCAGCAAGAUGAUUUUUGGGGUGAGAAUGUAUGAAGACACGGUGGCUAGAAAUGGCAAUGAAGCCAACAGGUGGUGUGCGGAGCCCAGUUCAACGGUGAAUACGCCGCAUCACAGAGAACCUGAGGAAGAGUCUUUGCAGUUGGCCAACUUCCCCGAGCCGCUGUUUGAUGUGUGUAAAAAAAGUUCUGUGUCCAAAUUAUCUACUCCAAAAGAACGUGUGUCUCGACGCUUUGGACGGAGCUUUACCUGUGAUAGUUGUGGAUUUGGCUUCAGCUGUGAAAAGUUACUAGACGAACAUGUGCUGACCUGUACCAACAGACACUCAUACCAAAACACGACAAGAGCUUACCACCGAAUAGUAGAUAUUAGAGAUGGAAAAGAUAGUAACAUCAAAGCUGAACUUGCUGAAAAGGAUUCUUCUAAAACAUUUUCUGCACAGCCGGACAAAUACAGAGAAGACGCCAACCAGGCGCCUGAUGAUUCAGCCUCGACCACUGGAAGCAGGAAAAGCACCGUGGAGGCUGGGAUAGCUGGUGAGGAGAAAAGCAGAGCUACUGAGACAAAACGAAUUAUCAUCAAGAUGGAGCCAGAAGAUAUCCCUGCAGAUGACAUGAAAGACUUCAACAUUAUUAAAGUUACUGAGAAAGACUGCAACGAGUCCACCGACAAUGAUGAAUUAGAAGAUGAACCCGAGGAGCCAUUUUAUAGAUACUAUGUUGAGGAAGAUGUCGGCAUUAAAAAAAGUGGUAGGAAAACCCUAAAACCUCGUAUGUCCAUCAGCGUGGAUGAGAGAGGUGGCUUAGAGAACAUGAGACCCCCGAAUAACACCAGCCCCAUACAAGAGGAUGCAGAGAAUGCAUCUUGUGAGCUGUGUGGACUCACAAUAACUGAGGAGGACCUGUCGUCUCAUUACUUGGCCAAGCACAUUGAAAAUAUCUGUGCAUGUGGUAAAUGUGGACAGAUACUUGUCAAGGGCAGACAGCUUCAGGAACAUGCUCAGAGGUGCGGAGAACCCCAGGAUCUGACAAUGAAUGGGCUAGGGAACGCUGACGAGAAAAUGGACAUGGAAGAGAACCCCGACGAGCAGUCUGAGAUAAGAGACAUGUUUGUUGAAAUGCUGGAUGAUUUCAGAGACAAUCAUUACCAAAUAAAUAGUAUCCAGAAAAAGCAGUUAUUUAAACAUUCUGCCUGUCCUUUCCGAUGUCCUAAUUGUGGCCAGCGUUUUGAAACUGAAAAUUUAGUGGUCGAACAUAUGUCUAGCUGCCUAGACCAAGAUAUGUUCAAGGGUGCCAUCAUGGAAGAAAAUGAAAGAGAUCACAGAAGAAAACAUUUUUGUAAUCUGUGUGGAAAAGGAUUUUAUCAGCGCUGUCAUUUGAGAGAGCACUAUACUGUGCACACUAAAGAAAAGCAGUUUGUUUGUCAGACAUGUGGAAAGCAGUUUUUAAGAGAGCGCCAGUUGCGUCUACACAAUGAUAUGCACAAAGGCAUGGCCAGGUAUGUCUGUUCCAUUUGUGAUCAAGGAAACUUCCGAAAACAUGACCAUGUACGGCAUAUGAUCUCGCACCUGUCUGGUGGGGAGACUAUAUGCCAGGUCUGCUUUCAGAUAUUCCCAAAUAAUGAACAACUGGAGCAGCAUAUGGAUGUCCAUCUGUACACGUGUGGAAUAUGUGGAGCAAAGUUUAAUUUGAGGAAGGAUAUGAGAUCGCAUUAUAAUGCCAAGCAUUUGAAAAGAACCUGAUGGGUUUCUACUGUACAGAUGUUUAGUUGGUAGGCAGAACACCAAAGCAAAAAGGCUAUGAGCUAUUUAGAACUGAUUUUAUAACAAGUGUGGGGGAAAUUUUCAAGGCCCUUUUACUUUGAACGUUUUUGUUUAGGAUCUUAAGUCUAUUUUAGGCAUUAAAUGUUUAUCAUUUUUGUUGCUUUGAGAGCAUUCUUUGUUCCUAGUUUUCUUAAUUACCAUUAAAAUUACUUUUCGUUGUAGACUGUAAGUGGCUAUUAUCCCUUCAAUAACUAUUAAAACAGUUUUUGGGUUUUUUUGUUUUUGUUUUUUUAAAAUAAGAUAAUGACUUUGCUGUUUCUAUGUACUUUCAUUUUAAGGUUAUCCUAUGAAAUUUUAAACCCAAGAUUAUUGACCACUCCUGCUUAAAUUUUUAAAGAAUUUUAAAAUAGUUAUUUAAAACUAUCCUAUUCAUUUUUAACUUUUUUGUUUUUUUGCUUUUUGGGAUUUUUUUGUUGUUGGUUUUGUUUUGGGGGUGCUUUUUGUCAGUUGUAUAGUGGGGUGGCUACUAUUCUCCCUUAUAAAUGAAAUCUAUAUUCUUAAAUUGACAAACUUAUUAGGCAAGUGAGGUGCACUGAAUCUAACCUUUAAGGUUGACAUGGGCUCAAUCUUGGCCUGAGAUUGAUGGACCUAAGGAAACUCCUAUAAAUGAACAUUUCCUAUAAUUGAUAAAUGUUAUCAUUUAAUAAUCACAUUUAAAACUUAUAUUAAGUGUAAAUCCCAAUGACUUUCCCUCACUUGAGAAAUUAGUGGGGAUAAGCCAUUUUGUUUUGUGAUAAUGAAUUUAACUAUGAUAGUUAAUUAAAAAAGACAUCUUGUAUUCAUUAAAAUAUUUUAAUUUAAAAAUAUUCUGAUUUCUAAAGUGUGUUAGUUUAUCAAUUAUUUUGUUUAUAAAUAGACUUUAAUAGCUCUUUAGGAAUAUGACAUCUAAAGAAAAAUGAUUUUUCAUCUUUAAAAUUACUUUGGAACUGAGAUUUGAAAAAGCUGCCAUGUAUAUUGAUAAACUUAAUAAAAUAAAGAAAUCAAUUAUAAAUCUGGUUGUUCUAUAAAAGUAGAGUGCACAAAAGUGUGUUGUGUUACACUAAGAUUUGGAGAAAAUGUGUGUGGCAAAUUACAGUUUAUUACUAUGCUUUCUAUAUCAUUUUCUGUAAAAGAAACAAGAUUUGAGGACUAUAAAAUAAUGACAGCAUAUGAACGGACACAGCUUCUACUUUUCAGGUAAAGUAAUCAUAUUGUUAGUUGCUGACAGGGUCUAUCUCUAUCAAUUACAUGUGAACUAAAACACUGGCAAAUAACCCACCAAUAAACACAUCUAUGGAAUAGAAUGCUUUUUAAUGUGAAUUACUGGGAACACCCUUCUUAAUACUGAAAGGGAUUUUAGUUAGCAUCUGUAGUGAAAAGUAAGGCUUUGAUUGUGGACCACAGUUUAAAAGCAUUGCUCUUUGCUCUCGUGGUAUUUUUUUAAGAUAUGCAAAUUAUUUUCUCAUGCUAUUUGCAUAAAAGCACAAGUUGCCAAGAGAAGGGAGAGAGAGACACGUUGGCUAGCGCAGGGUGAGUAGACAGUCCAGGGUGAGCACAGAGAUCUGUGGGCGCGUGCACUAGGGACGACAGAUGGGAAGCGCAGAGCCCGGGACAGUUAACCAUGACCGGGAGAAGAAGCACAAAACACAAAUGGGCUCUUGAGCAGCUUUUGUUUUGUUUUUGCGCAACCCCCCCCUCCCCCAAGCAAAGGGUAUGUAGUUAACGGAAAAAGCUGGAAAAGUUCAUUUUAAAAUGUUUUGGAUAUAAUGGUUUAACAAACACUUAAAACUGAAAAUGAAAUAUGAGAUGUAUGUUUGGAUUACUAGUAAGAACCUGAUAACUUCUUUAACAAAGCCAGACAUCAAAGAGUAGUGUAAGGAGAGAGGAGACAGAUGCACAUGAAAUGUUCAAGUUAUGUCUGAAGGGACCCAAGUUUUUUUUUUUUUUUUUUUUAAGAUUUAUUUAUUUAUUACAUGUAAGUACACUGUAGCUGUCUUCAGACACUCCAGAAGAGGGAGUCAGAUUCCAUUAUGAAUGGUUGUGAGCCACCAUGUGGUUGCUGGGAUUUGUACUCCAGACCUUUGGAAGAGCAGUCGGUGCUCUUAACCACUGAGCCAUCUCUCCAGCCCCACAUUUUCUUGUGGUCACUUUUCCUGUCAGAAUUUCUGUUGAAAAGGCUUUCCCACAGUUAAAGUCAUUUCCCCUCUUUGAGGGAGGAAUCCUCUUUUUCAUUAGAGAGGCUUACUUUAGUGUUUUAGUGUGUGCUAACAACAAUUUCGCAAGCAAAUGUAUAAACAUAAUCUAGCUUUACCCAGCUAUGACACUUGCUUCAGAACGGUAUGUUUGAUGAUAAUGUCUGUUCCAUUCCUACGUAGUCCACAUGGUUUGGGGAAGUAAGCCACAGGGUAGCACAGGUCUCUCCAAGCAGCAUGCAAGACAGGGCUCAGGUAAAAUUGCUUAGCUUGUAAAAUUAAGGUGAAUGAAAAACGGCCACUGCUUCCUCUCCCUUGCAUGGCUCCCUCUCACCUUCCUUCCUGGGAGGGUCCAGGAAAGUUCCACCACCUCGUGUGCAUAUUGCCUCUCCUCUUGCCUUGUCAAGGCUGGAAUGGAAUUUGCCUGCUGCUUCUGACUUUGAUGCUUCAUACACAUUGAGGAUCCAGAUUGUCAGAUCUGGAGAGGAAAAGAGAAACCAGAGAAGUAUAGCAUCUUUUCCCUCUAUUCGUGACACUCUUCAUUUGAAGGCCCAUUUCUGCAAUUUCUUAAUAAACAAUGAACAAUCUUAAUUGGAUUUUUUUCCCUUGGUGGUCCAGAUCAAACCCGGAGCUUCAUCAUGCUAGGCGGCCGUUCUCUCCUGAGCUAUGUGCAGGAGUUUCCCUUCUGGAAACAGCAAAGACCCUAGAGAAAUAAUCCAUCUCUAACAAGGUCGACACUACAACGUGGAUAGAUAUUUUUUUUUCGUAAAGACUGGACCUCAGAGGUAGAAACAAGACAGCAAAAGGCUAGGACUCAAUGUCUCCCCCCCAUUUCCCUUUUCCCCCUUCUAUCUUUUUCCCUUGGCUCGUGACUCCCAAUCCAAGAUCAUGCUGAUUGACCUCUGCCUCAACUUCCACAGUUGUAAAGGUUUGAGCUAAAGCAUUCAGGUUCUUUGUUUUUUGAGUCAGGGUCUUGAUUUAUAGCUCAGGAAACUUUGGGAUGGAAGCCUUGGUUCUUUUAGCCCUCCUUUGGGAGUGCUGGGACUGCAACAGUGCACCACCAUGCCCAGCUAAUUUUCCAUAUUUUUAAAGUGAAAAUUUUCAGAGAAAUGAUCCACAUGGGUAACAUGUUAUCUAGCAAAUGUUAAUUAAUAUAAAGCAAUCAACAGUUUGAGCAAGAAAUUAAUUAGAAGAAAGGAUUCCAGAGGGCACUGGUAAAAGAUUUAAACUGAGUGGUAGUUUAUAUCUGUAAUUCCAACGUGCAAAGAGGCUAGACUAGGGUCAGGGUUACCACUUGAGUUCAAGGCUUUGUUGUCUCAGAGAAAUUAAAGAUACUAAUGAAUACAGCUUGUUAAGACAGGACAAUAAUGGGCUUGAAAAUCCAUGAUUCAGUUUGAAGCAAAAAUAUGAAUAUAAUGCUAGGUGUGGUGGUGCACCCCUGUAAUUCCAGCACUCAGGAAGCAGCCAGGGCUACACAGAGAGAAACUGUCUCAGAAAAACAUAAAUUUGAGCAUCCACCAAUAUAUGGAAGUUGACGGGGGAGGGUUAGGCUUCCAAGUCAUUUGACUAUGCUAACCCAACUGUGACUGUGAAGUACCCAACAGGACAGUGGUUAUGAACAUGCCAAGGAUCUGCCCCAGAGAGCCUGGUGGUGGGCGGUGGUAGCUUUCUCACUGGUUAAGCAAUAUUCAUUUUAUAUCAUUAAAGUACUAUAGUAUCUAGAUCUCUGAAAAAUCUUCCUAAGAGCUAGGGUAAUAGUUUUAAUAUUGAAAAGUGGAACCUGUCACUAACAAAAGAUAAAUCAGUGCCAAAAGAAAAAGACCAGGAGCGCCAUGGUGGCGCACGCCUUUAAUCCCAACACUCGGGAGGCAGAGGCAGGCAGAUUUCUGAGUUCAAGGCCACCCUGGUCUACAGAGUGAGUUCCAGGACAGUCAGGGCUAUACAGAGAAUCCCUGUCUCAGGGAAAAAAAAAAAAAAAAAAAAAAGACCAGAACGUGUACAUGUACAUAUAGCUGAAAAGUUUAAAAUUUGAUAUACCUGAUUUGAACUGAAUUUAUCACAACUUAAGAGCUGGGUCUGAUGGUACAUACUUAUAAACACGGCAUGUGGGAAGUUAAACCAGGAGCAUUAAGAACCCAAGGCCAGCCUGGACUAUAUAGAUAACCUGUCACAAGUUGUUUGAAAGAAAGAAAAGGCAGAUAAGACAGAUCUCUGAGGACAGGCAGAGCUAUACAGAGAAAUUAUCAAAAGAAAGAAGGAAGGAAGGAAGGGAAAGAAAACAAGCAAGCAAGCCCCCACCCCUAAUCCUAUUGAUCUGUUUUGAUCAGUUCCUCAAAUGUGUUCACCAUCCUCUCUCCCAAGUGCUUUCCAAUGAUAAAAUUGGAAAGUUCUCUACCAUUAACUAGGAUUGCAGAGUAGUGGCAGGUAGGGGGAGCCUGUUUGUAGAAUCCUGUCCUUGGGGCUUGGUAGCUGUGUGGCUCAGUAAAACUAGGACUGCUGGCAUGGGUGCUAGGAAGCUUUUAAGUGACACCAUCCUUGUUAAGCAUUUGCCAUUUACACCCCAGAUUAGGAAAGCCAGCAUCCAUUGCUUCAGUACUGUAUACUCAGGCGUUUUGCAUGCAUAAUUUUAAUUAAGCUUCAUCCCUUUUGAGGUAAGUAUACAAACUUUCCAGACGGGGGACUAAGGACCAGAGACAGACUUUCUCCUAAAGCACACAAACUGUAUACAUUAGACCUGGGGUUUGAACUUGACUCUUUGCCUUAAGCUACAUUCUUGUCCGUAAUCAUGACGUUCCACUCCAUCUACAAAGAAGUGCCUUUCAGCAUAGGACACUUAGGAUCACGUGAGGCUGUGCUCCUUGGUCGUCUGUCAUCGGUGCCUGGUAAGGUGGCUGGAACUAGUGGGACCUCAGGAAAAAUAUGAGGGAGAGUCUGAGCGUAGAAAGCCACACUUGAUUGUCACGAGUCAUUAAAUGAGUUGUUUCAGACAUGAAUGUGACACACUGAGGGAUGUGUUUGAUUUUGCUUCAUUUAAACUUAAAAAGUUUGGCAGGAUAGUUACUUCCUUUGGGGGCCCAACAAUGAGUUGAAAGUUGAAAGUUUAGGUUCAGAUUUUACAUGUCUGUGUCUGGGGUUUCCUUUUCUCUACUCUGUUCCCUCUCUGAGUGUUAAUGUCUCCACACGCCCCUAAUUCCUCAUAUUGGUUAUGGAACUAAUGAGCUGAAGAAGUCAGAUUUCCUGAGCAAAUCUCCCCGAGAAAAGAGCAAGAUAGCAGAAUAACUAGUUUCCUCUUUUGCCUUCAUAGAUGUGGAAAACUCAUUUUUCCUUUGGCCAGCAAACAAAUCUCCCCCCCCCACACACACACACACACCGGUAUAGUACUGUUGCUUUGCUAAAGGCAUCUGCUUAUAAACAAAAGUUGGUCAGUGUUACAGUGGAUAGUCCCAUCUAUGAACGUAUCUGUAGAUUUCCAGGCAAACUCCUCAAAGGCAGUCUUAUUGCAAAAGAAGUGAGAGAUGACGCCAAGAAGUGACAGCUCUUAGUCACCCCAGUCUAGGAGCGCUGAAGACAAAGGUCGUUAAGUAAUGCUUUAAGGAGAACAGUAUGCACUGUCUUCUAAGUAAAAGAACAGUGGAGAAGGUUCUGUGGAUAAUACCAAUACAGUCAUUUAGGUGGCCUGCUCUUCACUGCUCUCUGUCAAUCUCUAGGACAUAUUACUUGGUAAGGAUAUGGCUUCAAUAAAAACAUGAAACUUAGCUCUUUCUAAAGGCAAAAAGGGUUUUCAUGUUUAUGUCUGUCAGUGACAGUUGGUAAGUAGAAAUUAACCAAAGAACAGUAAUAACUUGUAAAUCAUACUAAUUUUGAACCAACUUAUUACAAUUAUAUGUACAUACCUACACAAAAGUCAUUGAAGUUAGCAUUGAGUUUAAAUCUUUAACUUCCUUAUAGUCAGGAGAACUAAAUCACUGAGGCAAAUUAGUAAUAAUAUUCUUUGUAUCAAAGCCCACACUGGAGGGCAGAAGGCCAUUAUAACUGAAAGGUGAUGUGGACAUACAAUUCAGUACUUGGGUCCAUUCAAAUGUGUCAAUGUGCUGAUCAUCAGGGAAGGCUAGCACCUGAGGAAGGUGACAGAAGACCUUUCAGAGCCAAGAAUAUUAAUAAUUUUGUGUAAGAAAUUUUGCAUUUAAAGAAAAAAAGGCUAGGCAUGGUGACAUGUGCAGACCACUGAGUUCAAGGCCAGCCUGGUCUACAGAGUUGCAGAACAGCCAGGGCUACAUACUGAAUCAAUCUCUUCUCUCUCUCUCUCUCUCUCUCUCUCUCUCUCUCUCUCUCUCUCUCUCUCUCUCUCUCUCUCUCUCUCCCUCCCUCUCUUUCUCUCUCCCUUUCUCUCUCUCUUGCUUAAUAGUCUGUAAUGACCUAUUUGAAAGAGGUCUAGAGUUAAACAUACUCUAAGGCUUUAAGCCAUACUUAGACUGUUGUAUUUUCUCCUUAAACCAACAGUUUCACUCUAUCAAGUUAGUAGAUAGAGCUAGGGAUUUGUUUUGUUUUGAAGACAGGGCCUCAGCCCAGCCUGGCCUUGAACUUAUGACCCUCCUGUCUGCUUCCCAAGUGCCAGUGUCACAAGCGUGUGUGCACAGCCACAGCACUGUUUCCGGUGAAGCAAACUUAAACACACUGGUUAUGAAAAAUCACUUUCUCUUUCAAAUGCUUAUGUUCCCUCAUGUGAGAAAAACAUUUUAAGGGACUUUUUUUUUUAGGAUAUUAAUAUUAGGGCAAAAUAGUCCUGCAAAAAUAUCACUUUACCCAAUACCAGGGGACAGGUUAGGAGAGUUAAAGGCCUACGACUAAUCCUGGCCAAGUUUGUACUUGGUUCUCAUUUGCAGAGUAUACACCUGCUAUUUGAAGAGAGUAGUGUUUGAGUGAUGGCUGCAGAGUAAAACCAUGAACAUUACAACAUCUGUAUGUCAGAAACACAUUGUAAACUGUCUUGUUUGAAGGGGAGCACUUCUUUUGCACUCACUAGUGACGUCCCAUCCAUCACACUGAUGGAUGCAGCCAUCGUUAUUUAAAUCCUAUGAAUAAUAAAAAUCAAAGGUGCCUGUAUCGAAGAGCUGCAUCAGUAAUACUACUUUACGCUUGAGAGGUCCAGUGCAUUACAUUGGGGAGUAAACUCGAGUUCUAGGAACCGUUCUCUGGUCCCUACUCUGUGCCAAAGCUAUAUUACAGCCUAAGCAUGUUGUUGUUGUCUUGUAGAGCAGUUGACUUGUGAUACUAUUUUUCUUGAGUUUUGUCUUUUUCUGUGUGGCAGUGGUGCAGUAGGGCCUUCUAAGCCUCUGGAGAAGUGACAGAUCUGAAUUUGGAGAGGACAUGGGAAAGAAUCAUUCUUCAACAGAUAAUCUUUAAGUGCAGACCCAGGAAAUCAGAUCUGACGUGGCACCAUCUUUUCUGUCUUCCUGACAAACGUCAUCAUCCCCAAAGUUCCAGUUGCAAAGAUCCAAGAAAACUCAAUAAAGAUCACUUUGGAAUCACUUUGUUGUAACAAAACUGAUUCACGGUGACUCUCCCAGUACUUACGGGAAAUCUGCUAAAGAAAAGUGACUGUAAAAGUCCUGUGACAUCAAUGAUUAAAGCUACACUAAAGUGAAACUUUGUCAUGUAUCUUCAUAGUACAAUAGGGCUUGCUAGACUGCUUACAUACAUUAUAAAGGGAGAUAAUUAUGUAUUUCCAAAAAUAUAUCAUUCUAAAAGUAACCAGAAUUAUAGUUUAUAUAUAUGAAAUGUAGUUAAGCAAUUUAAAAAGAUACUAAAAAUAUCUGUAGAGUGUAAGUAAAAAGAGAUGGGUACCGAGAAAGAAAAUCCAAGGCCAGUUCCUUAACAAGAUAAUGUAGCUCUUAUGGAAAUGUAACACUAGUUUUCCUUUCUCACUGGGUCACAUGCUGUGGAUGUUAGCGCAGCUUCUUUCUAAGUCUCUUGAAGAGAGCAGCGUUAUUAUUCAGCGGUGGUAGAUUUCCACAAACCAUACAUUAUUUUCUUCUGAACUUGGCGCUACGACUCCAUAGUGUAGAAUAAAUUUCUGUUAAUCUCAGAACUAGUGUGUACUGCAAUGCUCUUCUUCCGAACUCAACAUAAAACUAAGUACUAAAAAAUGAUAACAUGUUUAUAAAAAUCGUGUCCUGAAGAAAGGAUCUAGUGAGAGUUGAGUCUGGCUAUGACUACAAGUGCUUUGCUACACAUACACUCCUGAACCAUAUGAAUCUUAUGACCAUAUUAUUUCCUUAUUGUGAAUAUACUUUCUUUUACUUUUUGUUACCUGUGACUAAUUACUUAUUGCUUUGUUUUUGUGUAUGUGUAAUAUCAAAUGUUUAAAUGCUUACUUUGUUUUCAUGCAAAAUUCUUCAAAUAUUUUAAUAAGUGACCCAAAGAACCCUAUCUUAGGAAAUGAAACGUGUAGUGACACGCAGCUGUAAUCCCAGUAAUUGGGAGGCAGAGGCAGGCUGAUCUCUGUAAGUUCAUGGCCAGCCUGGUCUACAUAAUGAGUUCUAGGCUAGCCAAGGCUAUAUAAUGUGACCUUGUCUUAAAAAAUUUUUUUUAUUAAAAAUAGAAGAAAAUCCUAACUCUGAGGUAGUAAGAACUUGAGUACUGUUCUUGAAACUGGCUGAAAAGUCAGAGAAAGAGGCCCUCAUGGUAGGAUAAUAGGAAGAGACAAGAAAAGAGAGGAAGGAAGAGAAACUCCCCCAAAGAGCAAAGCCAGAGGCCAGGCACGGUGACAUCUGUCUGUGGUCCUAGCACCUGGGAGGUGGGAGGGUCAAGAAAAGUUCAGAGUUAGCCUGGGCUACAGAGUGAAUUCAAAGCCAGCCUGGGCUACCUGAGACCCUAUCACAAACAGACAAAACAUUUUCCAAAUAUAUGACUGCUUUAAGACAGAAAGGCUAGACAAGUGUUAAACAGCAGAGUUCAUCUCUUUAGGGAACAUCAGGAAGCAUACAGAACGCAGGCUUCCUAAAAUACAUAGAAAAUAGGAAAAAUUCCCAGUAAUUAAACCAGUCAAGGCAAAAAUGAUUCAAUAAUCAAUUUUUGAUUACAUUUUUAUCACACUAGAUUUACUGAAGAAAAAUGGUUUGGAUUUUGAUUGUACUAACCACACAUGUAAUGAAUUAACAAUAAUUAUAAGUGGCACAAGUGCAUAUUAUGAUGUGAUUAUUUUCUGUAUGGUGUUUUAAAUGGAAGUUUUGGAUUACACACAGUUAUUUUUGUUACAUUUUAAAACCCGUUGCUUUUAACCUACCUAAUAAAAGUUGCUCCUCCACAUAC